GCCAGCGGCGCUUCUGAAGGUGUGUCAGCCCAGUCCUUCUUCCACUGCUUUACAUUGGCCAGUGCUGCCUUCAACCUGCAGGUGGCCACCCCUGGGGUCUAUAAGGGAAAGAUAAGACUUGGUCCUAGUGUGCGGGUCCUGCACAGAUCCUCCUAAUAGGAGAGAUCCUUGAUUCUUGCACUGUGGCCCUGGAAACAUCUAGUCAUAAAUGGAUCACAGCAAAUGUGUGUUGAGUAUUUGCAAGUUUCGAAGUCACAAGGGAAAGGCCAUGGACUUUGUGGAUGUGACCGAGAGCAAUGCACGCUGGGUACAAGACUUCCGUCUCAAAGCUUAUGCCAGCCCCGCUAAGCUUGAGUCCAUAGAUGGUGCCCGGUACCAUGCUCUCCUGAUUCCCAGCUGUCCUGGCGCCCUGACUGACCUUGCCAGCAGUGGGUCCCUGGCUCGGAUACUGCAGCACUUCCGCUCAGAGAGCAAACCCAUCUGUGCCAUUGGCCAUGGUGUCGCUGCUCUGUGCUGUGCUACCAAUGAAGACAGGUCCUGGGUGUUCCAAGGCUACAGCCUGACAGGGCCUUCUGUGUACGAGCUCAUCAGGGCACCUGACUUUGCCCGCCUGCCGCUGGUUGUGGAGGACUUUGUGAAGGACUCUGGCGCUGGCUUCAGUGCCAGUGAGCCCGACGCUGUACAUGUGGUGCUGGACCGCCACCUAGUCACUGGUCAGAAUACAAACUCCACUGUUCCCGCUGUCCAGAACCUGCUCUUCCUCUGUGGCAGCCGGAAGUAAUUUGAAUGCUGUCCUUGAUCCUGGUGGCCUAGAGACAACAGCUGAACUCACUGUGGCCUCUUCUAUUGGUCCUUACCUGACAGGGCCCUCAAGCCUCCGUUUGUACCCUGUGGAAUGCUGGAGGCCUCCAAAAAUUAAGACUUGGAGAGUAUCAGUUCUCGUGUAGACUGAACACUCCUCCUCUAUCCCCAGUACACAGUGGGGAGAGUCUUGGCUGGCCAGGCAGUCUCUGAGAACUGCAAAGUGAACACUCCAAGAAGAACUCUCCAUGGGAGAGUCAGCUGUGGGGUCUCAGGAUGGGAUGCUGCUCUUCUAUGGCCCUUUGGCUAUUCUCAUCCCUUUAGCUGUUGGUGAGAACCAUGGGGAAAGGACCAAAAGACUGGAACUUGCUCUGAAUUCACCUUGCCAGAGGUGAACAGUGUAUGUUUUCUUAGCCCUAAGCAGGCAGUAUUCGUGCUGAAGAAGACUGCCCAUGUUUAAAUCUUGCAAUCUUGCCUA